GCACCAAGCCAGAUGCUGCCAUUCUCCGCUCCCCUCCUUCCUCCAAAUCCUGCUCCUCCCCCUCCUCCUUCCUCAGGUGACAUUUACGACCCAGCUGUCCCUGACUCCCCUGCUCACUCUGCCUCAUCGCACCAGCACCAGCAGCAGCAGCAGCAGCAGCAGCAGCAGCAGCAGCAGCAGCAGCAGCAGCAGCAGCAGCAGCAGCAGCAGCAGCACAGCAGCAGCAGCAGCAGCAGAGCAGAAGCAGCAGCAGCAGCAGCAGCAAAGCAGCAGCAGCAGGUGCAGCAGCAGCAGCGGAUGGAGCAGCAGCAGCAGCAGCAGCAGCAGCAGCAGCAGCAGCAGCAGCAGGAGGUGCAGCAGCGGAUGGAGCAGCAGCAGCAGCAGCAGCAGCAACCGCAGGCAGUGCAGCAACAGCAGCCGCAGCAGGAGGUGCAGCAGCAGCACCAGCAGCAGCCACAGCAGCAGCAGCAGCAGCAGCAGCCACUGCAGCAACCUCAUCGGCAUCGCCGCACCACCUCUCCGACCUGGUGAGCUCAAGCACUAUCUGGGCAUGACCAUCA